AACAAGUUGGCACUCCAGGUACUACGACUCCACGCUGCAGGUGGCCGGUGGAUGAAGAGACAUGUCUGGGGUGUUAUUAACCUCGCUACCCACAGAGCUCCUUGUCAACAUGGACGCAGUGGAAUAACCUUUUUUUUUUUUUUGUUAAACAAAAACAAACAAAACAACGUGCGACGGUGACAACUGUUAUUUGAAUGAGCUGUUAAUGUUUGGCGGAGAGCGGGGACUACAAUUGGAUUCUUAGAGUGAUAUUUUGGGGGGUAUUUACUGAAGAAUGGCGCUGGCGAGAUUCAGUAAGAUUCUGCGUUUACCCGCACUUGACAUCAAAAAGAAAGCCAAACAUUACGAGCAUGUCCACCGUGACGUCAACCCAAACGAUCAGUGGGAUAUUAUAGGGGAGCUGGGCGAUGGUGCCUUUGGGAAAGUAUACAAGGCCUGCAACAAGGAGACUGGUGUUCUGGCUGCAGCCAAGGUGAUCCAGACCAAAUGUGAAGAGGAGUUGGAGGACUAUAUGGUGGAGAUCGAAAUCCUGGCUAAAUGCGACCACCGCUACAUUGUCAAGCUGCUGGAUGCCUUUUACUUCAACAACCAUCUUUGGAUCAUGAUUGAGUUUUGUCCAGGAGGAGCUGUUGAUGCCACAAUGCUAGAGUUGGAUCGAGGGCUGACGGAGCCACAGAUAAAGGUGGUCUGCCAGCAGAUGCUGGAGGCUCUGACGUACCUUCACUACAUGAAGAUCAUCCACCGAGACCUGAAGGCCGGCAAUAUCCUCCUCAUGCCAGAGGGGGACAUCAAACUCGCUGAUUUUGGUGUAUCUGCCAAAAACACCAAAACCCUCCAGAGAAGAGAUUCUUUCAUCGGCACGCCAUACUGGAUGGCCCCCGAGGUGGUCAUGUGCGAGACCAUGAAGGAUGCCCCGUAUGACUACAAGGCGGAUAUCUGGUCCCUGGGAAUUACUUUGAUCGAGCUUGCCCAGAUAGAACCUCCGCACCAUGACCUUAACCCGAUGAGGGUGCUGCUAAAGAUUGCCAAGGCGGAUCCCCCCAGCCUUGAACAACCAAACAAAUGGUCACCAGAGUUUAAAGAUUUCCUGAGGAGAGCGUUGGAUAAGAACCCCGAGACCCGCCCGACUGCAAAGCAGCUCCUGGAGCACCCUUUUGUGAGCUCGGUGACGUCAAACCGCCCGCUGAGGGAGCUGGUGGCCGAGGCGAAGGCUGAAGUCUUUGAGGAAAUCGAGGACAAUAGAGAGGAAGGAGAGGAGGAAGACACCUUGGAGCUCACUGUGACCAGUCUGGAAGGAGAUGGGUCCCCAGAACAAGAGAGCCCCACCACAUCCCUGAUCGUGCAACAUUCUCCACUGGAAAAUGGGCCAGCCUCACCUACAAAGGAGCAGCCGGUUCCCAUCAUGGCCACCCCAGUUCCCUUACCGAGGCACAAUCUCCCCGCGAAGGAUCAACUGGACUCUGGAGAUAAGCUGGAGUCUGAGAAAUAUGAGAGUGUCGUGUCAAUUAAGACGUCCAGCUCGGACUCUGGCAUCGAGGACGGGAAGAGCUCACCCACGUCUGAGAGGGAGAAGGUUGUUGUGGAAACCGAGCAGCUUCCAGCGGUCCUCCAAUCUGAGGCGUCUGCGGACAGUGUUGACAUUGCUAUCGGUUCCUCAAACCCAGAGGGGCCCAACACCCAGUUCUCUGUUUACCAGAGUCCAGACGUGUCAGCUCACCAACCAGUACCGACUCCAGCACUCGUUUCCACUGGUCCUUCACAAACACAUAUUUCCGGGCCGAGCGCCAUCCUAAACAAGAUGAGCGCUGACCAAGUAUCGAUAGCAUCCACUCCCGAGGUGGCCCCGCCUUACAUCAACGGAAAGAUCAAUAGCGUAAGGCGAUCUACGGGCAGCUCAGGGUCGGAGACCAUGAAAAGCAUGUCGCUAAACAAGGAGAGCUUCUCUCUGUCUUCAAGGGACACUUCGCGGAAGACUCUAAAGCGAACCAGAAAGUUCAAAGUUGAUGGCGUUGACGUGAGUGUGACCACUUCUAAGAUCAUCAAGGAUGAUGAGAAGAAAGAUGAAGAAAUGAGAUUCCUGAGACGUCAGGAGCUGCGUGAGCUGCGUCUGCUCCAGAAGGAGGAGCAGCGAGCUCUGACUCAACUCCAAACCAAACUGGAAAAUCAGAAAGAACAGAUGCAGAAACGCUUCGACCAGGAAAUGCAUGCCAAGAAGAAGCACUACGACGUAGACUUGGAGAACCUGGAGAAGCAGCAGAAGCAGACCAUUGAGAAGAUUGAGGCAGACCACCACGUUCAGCUCAAAGAGGAGACCAAACGCAUCAAAGCCGAACAGCAGCGCGAGUACCAAAUGUUCCAGGAGAAGCUCAAGCUAAAGAAGAAGGAGUUAAAACAAUCUGUGGACAAACUGCCCAGAAGUCAGCGCAAAGAAUGUUUGAAAAAAUCCAUGCAGACCUACCAAGACAAUAAGCUUCUCGAGGAGGAACAAUUCCUGGCAGGCCAGAAGAACAGGCUGGACUUGACGCUCCAAAAAAUCAUUGAAGACAACAAGAAACUGAUUGCACGCACGGAGAUGGAUUGUCUCUACAAGAAGCAGAACCUGAUCAGAGAUCGGGAAUCUACAAUAUGGGGUUUGGAGGAGAGUAACAUCCAUGAGAAAUAUCAGCAGUUGAAGCAGCAGCUCAAAGAACAGUACUUCCUCCAGAGGCACCAACUCCUCAAGAAACACAACAAGGAACAGGAGCACAUGCAGUGCUACAACCAGCGCAUGGUCGAGCUUCUUAAAAAUCGUCAGCAACAGGAGAAGAACCGCCUGCCAAAGAACCAACGCAACGAGGCAAAAACACGCUUGGCUAUGUUCAAGAAGAGCCUGCGAAUCAACUCCACAGGCAACAGCUCUGAGGACAAGGAAAAGAUCAAACAGUUUUCACAGCAGGAGGAGCUGCGUCAGAAGCACGAGAAGCAGGCGCAACUGAAGAAACACGAAAACCAGAUGAGAGAAAAGAUCGGCGAGUGCGGGAACAACAUCCGAGAGCUGCAGGAGCUUCAGAACGAGAAGCAGCACAUGCUUGUUGAGAAUGAGUCGCAGAGGCUCAAACAGCUGGAGGAGCAACACAACCAGCAGCUGAAAGACUGGCAUGAUCAGCUGAGACCCAGGAAGAUGGCGCUUGAAGAGGAUCUGAGCAAGAAGAGGAAGGAGCAGGAACGAUUUUGGAGCAUGAAAAAAUCUUCAGAAUUUCAGAAUUCGGGAUCUGUUAGCAAUGUGUCCAAGUUUGUGCCUUAUCCGGAAUCUUCCACCACAUAAAUAGCAAGCCUCCUCUUUACGUUCUUACUAGUGUCAAUUAGCACAGUCAUGGAAGACACCCCACACAAAAUCUUCAUUUAGUGCGUUAAUAGUUAGGGGGAUUUUAUUGGUUUAAAGGCGUUCUCUUUACUUUUAAGAGCCCACAGAGGUAUUUACUUGUUUUUGUUCUGCAAGAAGAAUGUUGAAUUUAAUUAUAAUGACACUCUUGUUCAUGAUGUUCCCCAAAAUAUGUAAAACAGUUUACAUUCUUGUAUGCCUCACUUUUGCUGCCAAAAUUUGCCUUUAUUUUAUUUAUUUUUGCAAGAAAUCAUCACUGUACAAUUUAAUUUAAAUUAUAUAUAAAUAAAUAAAUAACUUAGAGAGAGAGAAAGAGAGAGAGAGACAGAGGACUUGGGACCAAUGGUAAAAAGUGUAAUAUAUAUAUAUAUAUAUAUAUAUAUAUAUAUAUAUAAAAAAUAAAAUUUUUACCAUUCUGUCCCAAGUAGUCUCUAUAAUAAAAGUAUAUUAAAGGUUUUUGUUUUUUUUCACAUAAAGUAAAUAUAUAUUAUAUAAAUAUAAUUUUUCCGAAAUAUUGUAAUAGAUUGAGAAUAUGAUUUUUUUUUAAGAGCAAAUGACAGUUAAUGCAAACAAAUUAACACUAUUUACCCUUUGGUUCCUGUACUAUAAAAGUGUGUUAAAGUUAAAAAAAAAAUAUAUAUAUAUAUUUUUUUUUUUUCAAAAAACUUUUAUUUUUCUUUUGUUUCAGUGCCUUUUUUUCCAUAACUCCUGAUAAUUUUUCAAUGGGGAGGAAAAAUGAUUGCAGUAAUAUUUCAGGUUAUUCUUUUAGACUAAAUGAGAGUUAAUAUACACUUUCAACCUUAAGUCCCCAAAUGGUCUCUAUCAUAAAGGUAAUGCAAUUUAAUAUACAUGUUUAGAUAUGUAUUGGAUGUGGGGUUUUUUUUGUCGUAACUCUUGAUUUUUUCCAUAGUAAAAAAUGAGGACAACAUCCUAGACGAGAUAAAAUAAACAAUAGCUGAUAAUUGUUUAAAUUCUUUUACACCAGCAGGAUUAUGUCACACUUGUACCCUUAUUAGGGGUGUGGGAAAAAAUCGAUUCGAAUUUGAAUCGCGAUUCUCACGUUGCGCGAUUCAGAAUUGAUUCUCAUUUUGAAAAAAUAUAUAUAUAUUUUUUUUAUCAAUCCAACAAAACAAUACACAGCAAUACCAUAAAAAUGCAAUCCAAUUCCAAAACCAAACCUGACUCAGCAACACUCAGAACAGAGCAAUUGAGAGGAGACAAACACGACACAGAACAAACCAAAAGUAGUGAAACAAAAAUGAAUAUUGUCAACAACAGUAUCAAUAUUAGUUAUAAUUUCAGCAUAGCAGUGAUUAAAAAUCCCUCAUUGACAUUAUCAUUAGACAUUUAUAAAAAUAAAAAAAAUAGUGUCACAGUGGCUUACACUUGCAUCGCAUCCCAUAAGCUUGACAACACACUGUGUACAAUAUUUUCACAAAGAUAAGAUUAGUCAUAUUUUUGGUUCGUUUAAUAGUUAAAACAAAUUUACAUUAUUGCAAUCAGUUGAUAAAACAUUGUCUUUUACAAUUAUAAAAGCUUUUUACAAAAAUAUACUACUCUGCUUGCAUGUCAACAGACUGGGGUAGAUCCUGCUGAAAUCCUAUGUAUUGAAUGAAUAGAGAAUCCCUUUAAAUCGGGAAAAAGUUGUUUUUGAAUCGAGAACUGUUGAAUUGAAAAAAAAAAAAAAGAUUUUGAAUCGAAUCGUGACCCCAAGAAUCUAUAUUGAAUCGAAUCGUGGGACACCCAAGGAUUUGCAGCCCUAACCCUUAUGUUCAAUAACGGUCCCUCUCAUAAUCAAAAUUGGAUUCAUACAUUUUUGCAUUAAAUUAUGUUUAGUUUAAAUUACAUCUAAAACAGUUUCCCUUCACAUUGAAGGUUGAGAGAGGCCCAUCAGACAUUCAAAGUUUAUAUUCAAAAUAUGUGAUUAUAACUUGAGUUAAUGGGGCCAAAUCUGGGUAGAGUGUAAGCUUGUAUGCAAAACUCCCAAUUUUGUACACCUGUAAUUAUGGCAAUGAUUUAAAAAAACAAGUGUUAUACAGCCUUAAAACUGACAUAUGGAGAAUCCAAAAAGUCCGAUAAACAGAAUGUACACACGUAGGGUGCCUCAAGGGAGAAGUGAUGACAAGUCAUAUUGUUUUAUUUGUGUUUGUUACUGUACAAAUCAGCCACACUGGAGGGAAAUGACAAAAGCCAAAGUGAAAUAUUGUUGUUUGUCACAUUUAAAGUUGCAGUAAUUUAACUGUGUGCAAUAUUACUUGUUUUGUCUUGUUCAAAACUUAGUUUAUUUUUGUCUUUACCUAUGUGACUUCCUUUUGCACUGAGGAAGAUAAUAUAAAGAGGAGUUGGCCUUUUUUCAAAUAAAUGUACAAGUCUUUUUUUGUUUUAUGUACAACUUGUGAUGUUCAAGGGAGUGUAACAAAAAGUUUUUUUUUUUUUUAAAUUUAGUUUAGAUAUCAAUAUUUAGGUACAACUUCAUUCCACUCGUUUCUUAUCAAAGUGAUUUCAUUUUCGUUAAAGGUUACUUUGUCUCCCUGCCACAGUGUAACGAGGAAUGUAUGGUGGCCCGUGAGCGGGAGCGCAACUAUCAGAAGGAACCACUGUUGUAAAUUUCUCAUAAUAAAUGCAGAUUUUAUAAUUA